AUGUACAGAUUCUGGUUAGAUUUGCCGGAAAACAGUCGUUUGACUCGACCAUUAUUAGACAAUAAUCCCAAACUUCAAAUACACAACUUAUUAGAUACAAAACGAAUGCAAGAAAUAAAAGAAAAUCAGGAAAGACUUAUUCCAAUUAUAGAAAGUAUUGUAUUUUUGGGAAGACAAAACAUCCCUUUUCGAGGGCAUAGAGACGAUGGCCAACUAGAUUUACCGCCUACCAUUGAAGAUGGAAGAAGUUCAAUAAACGAAGGUAAUUUUAAAGAGCUUUUAAAAUUUCGAAUCAAAGCCGGAGAUUCUAUGCUUGAAAAUCAUCUGAAAAAUUCAUCUUCAAAAGCAACAUAUAUUAGCAAGACAAUACAGAUCGAGUUAAUCGAUUUAUGUGGUAAAGAAAUUUUAGACAAUGUGUCUAAACGAUCGCAAAUUAGUUUAGUUAUAAGAUAUAUUGAUGCAAUAACAAUUAGAGAAGAUUUUUUGGCAUUUAUAGAUGCAUUUGACGAAGCUCGACUUAUUCAACUUAGGAGUUCUAAUAAUAAAUUAAGUGAUGAUGAAGAAGUAAAUAUAGAAAAUUCUUUUGAAAAUUAUGAAUGUUGCAAAAAUGUAGAAGAAAUAUCGAUAACUGGGAAAAUGCUAGGGCAAAAUGUUUUAAAUCAACUGAGAAAAAUGGGUCUGAAUCUUAACAAAUGUGUAGGUAUUAGUACUUAUGGUUGCAGUGUUAUGACAUCAGAAAUUUGUGGAGCUGUAGCUGAAAUUAUAAAGAGUUCACCGAAUGCCC